GAGGGACUGCGAGGGGUGGGUCGCCGGUUCGCCAGCCCUCCAUCCUUUCUGUGCACCUUGCGGUAGGCAGGGAGUAGCAGCCGCGGCAGCAGCAAGAGGCUAGUGCACACCCAGCCAGGGAGACUUAGGGAACCACGGACGGACGGACAGACAGACAGAACCUUCCCUAGCGCACCCCCAGCCAUGGCCGAGAGAAAGCAAUCUGGGAAGGCGGCAGAGGACGAAGAGGUCCCUGCCUUUUUUAAAAACCUGGGUUCGGGCAGUCCGAAGCCGCGGCAGAAAUUCUGCGGCAUGUUCUGCCCCGUGGAAGGAUCCUCGGAGAACAAGACCAUCGAUUUCGACUCGCUUUCAGUGGGCCGGGGCUCGGGGCAGGUGGUGGCUCAGCAGCGGGAUGUCGCCCACUUGGGCCCGGACCCGCACCGGCAGAGCCGGCGUGCCAGCGGGGAGCCAUCUGUUGAAUCGGGCCGGAAGGUGGAGAUCCGGCGGGCCUCGGGCAAGGAAGCUCUGCAGAACAUCUACGAUCAGAGCGAUCGUCUUCUGAUCAAAGGUGGCAAGAUUGUGAAUGAUGACCAGUCCUUCUAUGCAGACAUAUACAUGGAAGAUGGGUUGAUCAAGCAAAUAGGAGAAAACCUGAUUGUGCCAGGAGGGGUGAAGACCAUCGAAGCCCACUCCAGAAUGGUGAUCCCUGGAGGAAUUGAUGUGCACACUCGCUUCCAGAUGCCAGACCAGGGAAUGACAUCAGCUGAUGACUUCUUCCAGGGAACCAAGGCAGCCCUGGCCGGAGGAACCACCAUGAUCAUCGACCAUGUUGUUCCCGAGCCCGGGACAAGCCUAUUGGCUGCCUUUGAUCAGUGGAGGGAGUGGGCGGACAGCAAGUCCUGCUGUGACUAUUCGCUGCAUGUGGACAUCACGGAGUGGCACAAGGGCAUCCAGGAGGAGAUGGAAGCUCUGGUGAAGGACCACGGGGUAAACUCCUUCCUCGUGUACAUGGCUUUCAAAGAUCGGUUCCAGCUGACGGAUUCCCAGAUCUAUGAAGUACUGAGCGUGAUCCGGGAUAUUGGUGCCAUAGCUCAAGUCCAUGCAGAGAAUGGUGACAUCAUUGCAGAGGAACAGCAGAGGAUCCUGGAUCUGGGCAUCACGGGCCCCGAGGGACACGUGCUGAGCCGGCCAGAGGAGGUCGAGGCUGAAGCUGUGAACCGGUCCAUCACCAUUGCCAAUCAGACCAACUGCCCGCUGUAUGUCACCAAGGUGAUGAGCAAGAGUGCUGCUGAAGUCAUCGCCCAGGCACGGAAGAAGGGAACUGUGGUGUAUGGUGAGCCCAUCACUGCCAGCCUGGGGACUGAUGGCUCUCAUUAUUGGAGCAAGAACUGGGCCAAGGCCGCUGCCUUUGUCACCUCUCCACCCUUGAGCCCCGACCCAACCACUCCAGACUUUCUCAACUCGUUGCUGUCCUGUGGAGACCUCCAGGUCACUGGCAGUGCCCACUGUACCUUCAACACUGCCCAGAAGGCUGUGGGGAAGGAUAACUUCACCUUGAUUCCAGAGGGCACCAAUGGCACUGAGGAGCGGAUGUCUGUCAUUUGGGAUAAAGCUGUGGUCACUGGGAAGAUGGACGAGAACCAGUUUGUGGCUGUGACUAGCACCAAUGCAGCCAAAGUCUUCAAUCUUUACCCACGGAAAGGUCGUAUCUCCGUGGGAUCUGAUGCAGACUUGGUCAUCUGGGACCCUGACAGUGUGAAGACCAUCUCUGCCAAGACGCACAACAGUGCUCUUGAGUACAACAUCUUUGAAGGCAUGGAGUGUCGAGGCUCCCCACUGGUGGUCAUCAGCCAGGGCAAGAUUGUCCUGGAGGACGGCACGCUGCAUGUCACAGAAGGCUCAGGACGCUACAUUCCCCGGAAGCCCUUCCCUGACUUUGUGUACAAACGCAUCAAGGCAAGGAGCAGGCUGGCUGAGCUGAGGGGGGUCCCUCGUGGCCUGUAUGAUGGACCCGUAUGCGAGGUGUCUGUGACGCCCAAGACGGUCACUCCGGCCUCAUCAGCUAAGACAUCCCCUGCCAAGCAGCAGGCGCCGCCUGUUCGGAACCUGCACCAGUCUGGUUUCAGCUUGUCUGGUGCUCAGAUUGACGACAACAUUCCCCGCCGCACCACCCAGCGCAUUGUGGCGCCCCCUGGUGGCCGUGCCAACAUCACCAGCCUGGGCUAAAGCUCCUAGGCCUGCAGGCCACGUGGGGAUGGGGGAUGGGACACCUGAGGACAUUCUGAGACUUCCUUCCUUCCAUUUUUUUUUUUUUUCUUUUUUUGAGAGAGCCUGUGAUAGUUGCUGUGGGCAGCCAGUUCCUGGGGCUUCCUCUUGGGCCCCCUGCACUCAGUCUCCCCUGGAGUUUCUGAAUUCGCUCACCCAAGUCCCUACACAGUCAUGAACACCACACCCAAGCCCAGCCACCCACCCCACACUGAGCUGCAUCCAACAUGCAGACAUGCGCCACCAUGCAGAUCCCAGCAAGGGUGCCCUUAUCACAUCCUUGGCUGUGCAGUCAGCACCUUCCUGUCACGGGGAAGAUUUAGUGAAUUACCCUGAGCUGCCUUCUUUUCUUUUUAAAAAUUUUUAAAAAUGGUUUUCUUUGUGGGACUGGGGAGGGAUGGGGGGGUGGGACUGUUUGUUUUUUUUUUAAUACUAAAUUGAAAGCCUGAUUCAAUAUUAAUCCUUGGGUCUUGAACUGGACAUCCUAAUGAUGCAAUUACUUAACCAUUAAGCUGAUUCCGAGGCUGGCAGGCUACCGCCGCCCCUCUGGAAAGGUUCCAUGUGUCUGUAUCACCCAUCCCUUACUCUUCCGGGUCAGCUGUUGAGAAGAGACUGGUUUUCUUCAUUGGCCUAGAUUUUGCAACAGAUUAGACCUUUUGAAGGUUCUCUACCAUUUUUCUGUGUCUCCGGUCUGUUCUGGCUUUUUCUUCUGCACUCUUGGAGAGAUUCAGAUGUUGGUCUCCUGGUUUGUGUUUCUUCGAGACAAUGUGCUUUUUUCCCUGGCUUUCUGUCUGUUCUCAAAGCCAGGCAUCUGAAUUUGGCCUCAGACACAGCCUGAGUGGACCCUAGUUUUGCCCCCCACUCCAUAGUUUUGUGCUAUCCUGGUGUCUGUUUAAGAUUGGUGCUAGCUGAUUCCCGUCACUAGGAGGUGGCUGAGCUUGAGGCUUGCCAGACACAGGGAUGGCCCUGAUUAUGUCACCAAUAUUGUCACAUGUGGGCCCAGAAUAGAGUCACUUGUGGUGGAAAGAGAUGGGGGGAAGAAUUAGACUGUAGGAGUAACAGUCUCCAGUUAAAUCUGUAAACCCAGUCCCCAAGCUCACAUGAGACGACCAAACUGGGACCAGUCUCUCUGUGGAGGAGCCCUGCCCAGCCUUCACCAGGAAGUGUCUUUGGGGAUUUUAGAAUGUUGGGAUUUCUCAUUGUGUGAGUGUGGUGGUCGGAGGAACAUUUCUUUUUCUUUACAGUUUUUUUUCAAAAGGUCUAACAUGAUGGGGGAAGGCUUUGCAAAGGUAGAAAUCUUUGGGAUAAUUAGACUUCAAGUCUUUUUACAAGAGGGGCAACCCUAUUUUAGGAAACAAUAUGUCGUGGGAAGAAAACUAUACAAAUGGAACCGCAUGGCCCGCUUUAGAGAUCAUGUCGCCUCUUAGAGACCAUGUCACCUCAUAUCUAUCACCCUUCCUCUUCCUGUCAUAGUGACAGGCUUUCACUAGCUGGCUUCUUUCUGUAUUUGCUGAUGUCUGUCAUACUCCUUUCCAAAUGUGUUUACAGGUCCCUGUAAGCAGUGUUAGGUCUGUAGGCUUUUAUGAAUCCAAUCUGCUUGUGUAAAACAGAGCAUCAAAAAUUAGCGAUACUUUGAGUGUCCACACAUUUUGUCUUUGGGGUUAAGGGUCGGGAUUUUGGGUUUGUUGUUAAUUUUCAUUGUUAUAAAGGUAAAUUGCACUUUUAAAAAUUGGUUGACUUAAUAUAUUUGCUCUUUUUUUUUUUCUUACCUGCGCUUAGAGAGGAAAUUUGAACAUUGGAAAACACAGUUUUUAUUUUAUUUUAUUUUUUAUUUUUUUGGUUCGUUUGUUUGGAUUUUGAGAAAUUUGCAGCUCUUCAGUAUUCACUCCCGAUGUUUCUUGUAUGGGGCCGCGGGCCUCUUGGUUGUUUUCGAGCAUUUUCUUAAAAAAAAGAAACAAGACAAACGCAACAGUUUUAAACCGGAAGAUUUCCGCAGUCCGUGUAAGCAUGUUUACCUGUUGGUUUGCUUUCUGUGUCUGUGAAAUGAAUGUCAUGUGUAAAUGCUAACCUAAGGCAACAGCGUCUCAGAACUGAGUGACUGCAGUGACUUGAUGCUCUACAUCAUUGUAGAAUUUACUGCUAGACGGUUUUAACCCUUGAACCUGUGAUUGUGACCCACGAGGGGGGACCUUUCAGUGCUAAAGCUGAUCAUGUGUGUAGCCAGAAAGGUACUUCUUUCUUUUUUCUUUUUCAAAUUUUUGUUUUAUUUUUUGUAACCACUGUCUUAAUGGCAAGAUAAUUAUGGUAAAAUACAAGUCUCGUGUUUAUUAUUCCUUAAGAAGUCUGUGUUAUAUGACCACGGAACACCCAAUAAAGCAGAGUGUGGUUGUUUCAGA